AUGAAAAAAGCCAGUGAUGAGAGGAGAGCUUUCUUACUCCUUUACAAAGUAGAUUGUAUUCUCGCGGUUAUGCCUUGCAACGUCGACAUUACAACCCAGGAGAUUCUGAAACUUGCAGAAGAAGCCGAUCCGAGCGGGAUCAGAACAAUGGGAGUCUUGACAAAACCAGACUUUGCCACCGAGAAAGCCACCCAGGAUGUAGCAAUGGAUUUGCUUUUGGGAAGACGUAAUGUUCUCAAGCUAGGAUAUCAUGUUGUCAAGAACCGCAGUGCAGACGACCACAAUUCAACACUGCCUGCCCGUCUUGCUGACGAAAGAGCAUUCUUUGCUGCUCGUCCUUGGUCUAGCAUCCCUGAUCGUUGCGGCAUUACCGCUCUACAAACUAGACUACGAGAGCUGCUGACGCUUAUCUCCCGCAAAGAGCUUAGUCCUGUCAAAUUGGAGAUUGAAGGGCGCCUACGCAAGCGCAGGCUUGAGUUGGAAAUCAUGGGACCGGCCAGAGAUGAUUCCAAUGCUCAGAGACAGUGUCUGGGAAAAUUGGCUGCUCAGCCAAACUUGAAACUGAUCACGAAAGUGGUUAAGCUGAACGAAGUUUUCUCCGAUACUUUUUGGAAGAGAGGUCACAAGCAACAUUUCGGGGCUACCUGGGAUGAUGAUGGUGAGGCUUCAUACGGGUCCAGCACUGACAGUUUUCCUUCCAAAGUUCCUCUAAACUAUUUUUGUCCCAAGCCUCUCAAGGGGCCCAUCAUGAGCCUGAUUGAGGAGGUUUUCGAGUCUAUUCGGGGGCCGGAACUUGGAACUAUCACGCCCGGUUUUUGUUGGCCAUCGAGCGCGGAGGCAGACCAUCUACCUUCAACCACUACUUCAACGCAAAAUCUCCAGGAGAAACGUAAUGAGCGCAUGUGCAAGUCUCUUGAAGCGCUAGCAGUCUCAUCUACGGACAAAGAAGCUUAUAUACCUGUCAAAUCGCUCCGCAGCAGGUGUGCGAGGAUAUCCCUUGACACUCUGAUAAGCUACUAUGAGGUGGCUCGCAAGCGAUUCGUUGAUAUAGUCUGUCAGCAAGUGAAACAAUACUUCCUCCUAGAAACAGAUGACGGUCCGCUCCGGAUUUUCAGUUCAGAUUUAGUGAUGAGUCUGGGUACUGAGGAGCUGGAGAUAGUCGCUGGCGAAGAUGCAGAAUCAGAACGACGACGCGAUAUCUUGAAGCGGGAGAUGGAGAAUUUGGAGGCGGCUCUGGGGAUUCUGCGCUCCUAA